ACCUCUUCUCCUCUCUCUCUCUCCUUAAAAAAAAAACAGAACAGCAAGGAAGACAAAAACAAAAGAGACAGAUCAAUCAUCUUCAACAUAAACAAAUCUCGACCAUGUCUUGCUCCAUCGCCGUCUGCAAUUCUCCGGUGUCAUCUCUUUUCUGCAACAACAAAGCUUCUACACUCUCUUCGCCGCAUGAAACCGUCUCUCUCAUCACUCUUUCCGCCUCCUCCUCCGCUGCUUCUUCCCCUAAAUCUCCCUUUCGUCUUCGUUUCAAGAAACCGCCGACGCCGUUAGUGCUUGGAUCAUCGGACUCUUCUGUUUCCUCCAAAACGCAUGGAGGGGUUUUGAAGAGGAAACGACCUACGAGGCUUGACAUACCGAUCGCUACCGCGUCGGAGAUCACGGUGGCGACGCGGAGGGAGGAGGAAGAGAGGAGAGAGGUGGAGAGGGAAGGAGAUGGUUACUCUGUUUACUGCAAGAGAGGAAGGAGAGAAGCUAUGGAGGAUCGCUUCUCCGCUAUGACCAAUCUCGGAGGAGAUCGCAAACACGCGAUAUUCGGAGUCUACGACGGUCACGGAGGAGCCAACGCGUCCGAGUUCGCAGCUAAGAACUUAGAUAAGAACGUCUUAGAAGAGGUAGCUGGUAAGAGUGACGUGGCAGACGCGGUGAAACGCGGUUACUUGAGGACAGACGCCGCGUUUCUCGAGGGGGAAGACGUUAGAGGCGGUUCUUGCUGCGUCACGGCUAUGUUCAGAGACGGGAACCUCGUGGUCGCCAAUGCCGGCGAUUGUCGCGCCGUUGUGAGCGUGGGAGGCGUCGCGGAGGCUCUUUCUUCCGACCACCGUCCCUCUAGAGAUGAUGAACGGGCAAGAAUUGAAACCACGGGCGGAUAUGUUGAUAUGUUUCGUGGUGUUUGGAGGAUACAAGGAUCUUUAGCUGUGACGAGGGGAAUAGGUGAUGCUCAUCUCAAGAAAUGGGUGAUAGCAGAACCAGAGACGAAGACGUUAAGAAUCGAUGAUGAGCACGAGUUCUUGAUCUUGGCAUCGGAUGGUCUGUUGGACAAAGUGAGUAACCAAGAAGCAGUAGACAUUGCUCGUCCCUUCUGCUUAGGAGAUGAGAAGAAGACACUGUUGUUAGCAUGUAAGAAGCUUGUUGAUCUCUCUGCUUCACGAGGCUCUUCGGAUGAUAUUAGUGUCAUGUUGAUCCCUUUGCGCCAGUUCAUCUAGAAAGUGAGAUUGUUUAGAGGAUUUUUAGUUAGAAAUUGGUGGGCUUCUUAUGAUUUUAGCUUUAUGUGUAAGUAGAUUUAUCAUUUAUUUAUUCUUUCUAACUUUGUGAAAAGAUAAGCUCAGUGUGGGUUAUGUGCUUGUAUGAUGCAUUGGUCCAGUUUAAUAUAAGGGAUUAUCAGUUCGUUAUUA